AUGUCUUGGCAUCACGUUGCGAGCACAUGGCAUGCGAUUGGUUUGACAGCUACGCCAUGUAGCUUGGCGCAUGGUUGGAAAACGGACCGCCCCCCGUUGUGCUCAAUAGACUGCUUCUCCAUUCGUCAUACUUUCCUGCCUCUUGGUCAGACAAAAUGA